GUUUGGGUUCCAAAGGCUCCAAAUCUAUGGCUCGAAAUUGCACCCGGGAUCCCAGUGACCUAGUUUUUUUUCCAGAGGGGUCACCUCCUUCUCAGCUCCGCUACCAUACGCACUUUUCUUGAUACUCAAAAAGGCUGCAAGUGCGCGCUGCGAUGCUAGAAAUGCUAUACAGUUUGGCUGUGAGCUGCAUGGAAAAUGGGGGGGUUCGCCCAAAAAAAACUUCAGCUUGAAGAGCGCAAGCCGCUGGUAUCCGCCAAGGAUGUCCACUCUUACUUAGGGAUAUCCAUGCCGAAAUUGAUGCUGGUAUAUGCAACAGUCGUGUUGAUCAAAUUAGCUUCUUGGAGAUCCUCUAUGCUGAUGACAUUUUACUUGUUACAAAGAACAACGAGGUUAUGAACAAACUUCUCCAUUCUAUUGAGCGCCAGUCGGCGUAUUGCGGAUUAAAACUCAAUCCAAGCAAAUGCUGUGUACUCGUCAUGAAUGGAAACAACAGAAUCCGACUUACUGACGGCUCUCAAGUCCCACACGUAGAUGAAGUUACGUAUCUUGGUGGUACUCUCACUUCCCAACUGAGACGAAUUGCGGCAGCCACAGGCACUUGGAUGAGCGUACGCUUUAUUGGAAACAAACUCACUGUACAGCAGGGAACAAGAACAGAAUUUUCGAUGCAGUCGUGAAGUUUAGGCUCCUUGACGGACUCCAAACACUAAAGAUCCCUGACGUGCAAAUGUUUACUUGCUGCGCAAGCUGUGCUGAGAGAUGGUUGCCUUUAGGGGUGCCUACGGGUGUGACGGAUUCCUUCAUAGCGCUUUGAGUUGGUGCCGGUUAGUGAGCACACCUUUGGCACGAGAAGGAACAAAUGCUUAUCAUUUUUGAAGACAUUCACCAUGAAAACGUCACAAAGCAUCAGGCCGCUGUGGAGGAAGGGUCGGAAUACUACAGCUCAAACCACAACCAGCCAAAGUGCGUGGCAGUUACCAUCAACAGACGGCGUGCAGUUCGUUGCUGGGAUGGCACCCGGGCGCCGGGUGAAGACGCCCCAUUUAUUCAAUAAACGCAACCACCAGAAACAAAAAAGAUAAGGUACGCGCUGAGGCGGCAGAUGGGUUACAAUUACGUUUCUUGCCUGAACAAAAGGUGUGCACAUUCUUUCAAUAUGGUAGUUGCCAAUGCUGUUAAAAUCGUAGCGUCACAGCAGCAUGGCCAAGGCAAUGUCAGUGCAGGGCCUGAGAACGGUAGAACUUAUGAGUGCAUUGCUGUCAAGACUCGAAGCGGCGCAGCCCCGCGGCCUUUGCCGGAUGUUUCUUUUGUGGUCCAGAUUCCCCGACAGAAGGACACAUCCAUGGUGAAACCCCACAGAAGACCGUCUUGUUUUGCGGCACUGUGGCUGCAGAACGACAAGCUCCACCUCACCGGGUCGGGUAGAGAGCCAAUCUCAUUGGACACAUCUCGCGAAAAUGCUGACCCAAUGAGACAGUGCCAGGUUACGUUCAAGAAGGUGUUUCACUGCACCAUCCGUGUCCCGACCGGGUCGUCCCAAGAAAUAGUGGAUGAAGGCGUUGCUGGGCCUGGGUUGGAGUAAGGUCCGCCACUCCUGUCAUUUGCUCAGGGAACCAACCAAAUUAGUCAGUUUCUGAAGUCAACGCCGUUUGUUCUAGACUAUCCGUUGCCAUCGAAUUGCAGUCACCAUUAUAUUGUUAUUUCCCGGCCAUCGCUGUCACAGUUUCAUCUAAGUUUCUGAUUACGUUCCUCUUUUCAUUUUGAUCAUUUUGCGCGGUGGGAGUGCCAAGCGGGCACUUGUGCUCGGAACUUCGUUGUUUCUCCUUUUCACCUGCCGCUGACUUCGCAGUAGUUUGUAUUCCCAUGGUCUGACGUGGCAGGUUUUUGAAGGACCUGGGCUGGACCCCUUCCAUUUUGUAGAGUCUCAUGCCCGUUGAUGAUAAUGUGUUUUGGACAGUUGCAGGCCCACGCACGAGGAAACCUUUUGGUUCCCUCACUACAAGGGGAUCUGAAAGCCGCAAGCAUUACAUUCUGGGCCAGUAAGGAGCACAACCCGGCAAAACAAAAGUAUUUGCAAGAGGUUGUGGUAUCUUCGUGGUGCUGUAGACCUUCGUUUUUCUCAAGUAUAAAUGCCGGAGACGGAAGACGGAUGUUUUUUGUUUGCUUUGUGCAUUGGCAGAAAAACAUCUGGACAUAUUGAUCAUAUUGCAGGUGAGGAUGGUUUUUGAAGCUUUGGAUUGCGUCAGUUCGCUGGUGGUGCUUCCGUUUGAGGAUGGACACCGGCUGCUGCAGGGAUCACGCGGCGUCUCGUUAAUGGGAUCACGUUACAAACCGAGUCUACACACAUUGAGUGAGGGCCCAACAAACGGCCUCAGACAGGGAGUGCCGUUUCUCAUUGGCGAGUUUCAGGCGUUGUCAAACCGUGAACGCCCGAACUUGUUAGGUGAAGGGUGACGAUCAUGAAAAACAUAAUAGGAACCCUUGUGAACCCAAGAGCCUUCCGCAGAUGGCAUAUCUCUCCGUGCGCUGGGCGGCUUCCGGCGAAGUCCUCGCCGAUUUUGGCGAAAGGGCUUUCCAGGCCUUAGUGGACAGACAUGGCAACACAGCUGGGGCAUUGAAGCUGGAACUGAUCUCCCGAGGCUUUGGCGAGUCUCGCUUUCGCAUGCGGCUGCUGUGUGGCGCUGAUGUGGAGAUGGAGGAUGGCGACGUGUUGCUUCCACCGUUGGACUUGAAGUUGGUGCGCUUGGCUCUUUGCCCUCCCGACCUGCAACGGGAUCAACGCUUCGUAUGGGCCUGUGGCCAGGGUUGGCUGAAAGAGGUGGAUACCUGCUUGCGGCGGGCACAGGACCCCGAUGCAGUGGACGAGGCUGGACAGAGUGGGUUGCAUGAGGCCAUUGGUCACAUUGAAGUGAUGCGACUACUCCUCGAGGCCCGAGCUUGUCCGGAUCAGGCUGCGCAAGAUGAGUUUCGCAGCACUCCUUUGCAUUACGCGACCUUGUUUGGGGCUGAGGAAAUGAAAUUGCUGCUGGAGGCCCGGGCGUCUCCGGACAAAACCACUGCAUAUGGUUCCACUCCCUUGCAUCAAGCUGCAGAAGACGACCGUAUCGAAGCAACCCGCCUGCUGCUAGAAGCCAGGGCCUUGUGUGAUCAGACCGACCAUGAUGGUUUCACCCCAUUGCACCUGGCAGCUCGAGACGGCUAUGCCGAACUCAUGGGUUUAUUGCUUGAGGCCCGGGCCUCCUGUGACCCAGUCGCAAGGGAGGCGGGCGGUACCACCCCCCUCCACUUGGCAGCUUAUAAUGGCAUGCCCGAAGCGGUUCGCGUGUUGCUUGAGGCCGGAGCCGAUCGUGACCGGGUUACAACCGACGAUUGCUCAACUCCGGUGCAGUAUGCAAGGUGGCGGGGAGAUUGGACAUCCGUUUCGUUGUUGGAGAGCACUGGCAUCAAGCGAAUGAAGAGACAUCACGCAAGAUAGGACCAGAUUGCAAGAGGCAAGGGCGAUGGA